GGUUAUAGUUGGGAUUUUGUGAAAACGAUGAAGAGCCCUAGAAGUGCCUUGUGUAAGACUUCUAUCAUGGCUUCGGCCGAUAUCUUCAAUGCCUUCGGAGAAAAACUGCUCCAAGAACCUCGCUUUAAAGCUAUCGAUGAUCUGAUGUUUCAGCUGCUGAUGAAAGCUUCCCAAGACAAGAAAUUUGUGUGCGAAGAAGCAGACAGAGCACUGAACACGAUGGCUAGUUCGGCAGCUCCUCUGCCUCUUCUGUGUCAGCUCCAGCGUCACGUCUGUCACAACAACCUCUGUAUCCGGGCCAAAGCUGCUGCCUCUCUCUCAAACUGCAUCUCCAAAAUGGUAUCUGUCAUUCCACCAAAUUUUCUUCCCUGA